CUGGGAAGUGGACGAAAAAUGCAAGUUCUGUCCGAGUUGUGGAUUCAAAUUACCAAGAACGCUGUUUGAGGAUACAGUCCGCCGAUUUUUGUACCAGCAUUGGUUCUGAUGGCAAGACUUGCAACACAGAGCUGUCCCAUGGGACAAAGUUCUGCCCAGAAUGUGGUAACCAGUCAGAUAUCAGAACUGAAACCAAAGAUUUGAUAGUGAAGGAAAAAGACAGUGGACCAAGUGUUGCUGAUGAAGAUGCUGCUGGCAUACAAGGAGAAACUGACUCUACAACCAAUGUGCCAGUUGCCAGUCCUGUAGCUGGUGACACAAAUGUUGUCAGUCCUGUAUCUGGUGACACAAAUGUUGUCAGCCCUGUAGCUGGUGACACAGAUGUUGUCAAUCCUGUAGCUGGUGACACAAAUCUUGUCAGUACUGUAUCUGGUGACACAAAUGUUGUCAGUCCUGUAGCUGGUGACACAGAUGUUGUCAAUCCUGUAGCUGGUGACACAAAUGUUGUCAUUUCUGUAGCUGAUGAGACAAAUGUUUCCAAUCCUGUGCCAAGUGACACAAAUGUUGCCAAUCCUGCACCUUGUGACACAAGUGUUGCUGGCUAUUUACCAGCUGAAAGAGGUUCUCCUAAACAUGUUUCUGGUAACCAUGCACAUAGUGAUACAGAUGGUGCCAGCUACACCACUGGUGAACAGUGUAUGACAGAGAUAAGAGAAGAGAAAACAAAGAAGGGUCAUCAAUCAGAAGAGACGUCCGUUUACACAUCAGUGAAAAAACUGGUUCUGUUGUCAGAAAGCUCUGGCCUUCACCAUGGUUGUGGCGACCACAAAGCUGAAGGAGAGAAACAACAGCUUAAGAGUGAUGGUACAUUUUCACGGAAAGAAGAUGCCAUAAAUGUGAUUAUCCAAACAAAUAACUUGCCGAAUGAAGAAAGUAGAAGUGGCAGUGAUAAUGUCAACAGCAGCAGUCCCAUUGCCCUCCAGUCUGUGGACAAGCUGCGUGAAAUUGAUGAGAUUCAUGAUCGACUGCUUCUGUCCAAACUAGAACCCGGAACAGUUCAGGUACCAGAUAAUGCUAAAAAUGUUGGAAAAGCAGAAAAAGUUUCAGAAGAUGCCACAGUUUUGGGAGUGACCUCUCAAAAAGGCUCAGAGGAUGCUGAAAGUGUUGGGCAGACUUCUGAGAAAGGUUCAGCGAAGAACAAAGAUGAGAGAAAGGAUUCGGAGAAAGCUUCAAAGACUGAAAGGGGGACAAAGACUUCUGGUAAAGGCUCAGAGGAUGCUGAAAGCAUUGGAAAGACCUCUGAGAAAGGUUCAGCGAAGAACGAAGAUGAGAGAAAGGAUUCAGAGAAAGCUUCAAGGGAGAGUGAAGGGGGGACAAGGACUUCUGAUAAAAGCUCAGAGGAUGCUGAAAGCAUUGGAAAGACCUCUGAGAAAGGUUCAGCGAAGAACGAAGAUGAGAGAAAGGAUUCAGAGAAGGCUUCAAAGGAGACUGAAAGGGGGACAAGGACUUCUGGUAAAGGCUCAGAGGAUGCUGAAAGCAUUGGAAAGACCUCUGAGAAAGGUUCAGCGAAGAACGAAGAUGAGAGAAAGGAUUCAGAGAAGGCUUCAAAGGAGACUGAAAGGAGGACAAGGACUUCUGGUAAAGGCUCAGAGGAUGCUGAAAGCAUUGGAAAGACCUCUGAGAAAGGUUCAGCGAAGAACGAAGAUGAGAGAAAGGAUUCAGAGAAGGCUUUAAAGGAGAUUGUAAGGAGGACAAGGACUUCUGGUAAAGGCUCAGAGGAUGCUGAAAGCAUUGGAAAGACCUCUGAGAAAGGUUCAGCGAAGAACGAAGAUGAGAGAAAGGAUUCAGAGAAAGCUUCAAGGAAGACUGAAAGGGGGACAAGGACUUCUGGUAAAGGCUCAGAGGAUGCUGAAAGCAUUGGAAAGACUUCUGAGAAAGCUUCAGAGAAGAAUGAAGAUGAGGGAAAGAAUUCAGAGAAAGCUCCAAAGGAGAGUGAAGAUGGGGGAAAGAAUUCAGAGAAAGCUCCAAAGGAGACAGAUGGGGGAACAAAGACUUCUCAGAAAGGCUCAGACAGUGAAUCUGAUAGCAGCGACAAUGAGGAGGAGGAAGCAAUUGUAGAACACAAGCAAGGGCAUAACAAAGAUGAAAAACACAGAUUAAGGAAGGCAAAACGACAACAAACAAGGAAGGCAAAGGAAGAAAAGAAACGGAACCGUAAGGCAAUUAAAAGUAAGGAGGCCACUGCUACCAAAACCUCUAAUGACGGAAAACCUGAAGAAAAAGAUGGAAAUGUUAAGACACACAGUGCUGAACGAGGUGCAAACAAUUACGGGCAACAAAGCUCUACAAAAAGUAAAGAAAGCAUGAAAGAGCAGACUAAAAAUACUGUACAAGUUCAUUUCCAUGUCCUUCUUUCACCACGGAUGAAUUUUGACCCUUCCUGUGAGACAGUUGCAGUCCGUUUUGGAUUGGAUAGGCUUGGAGGAUGGCAUCCACCAAAGGAUAGGAAUAUUUUAGAACCUGAGAGACUACUUGAUGGAUUCUAUCAAGUACAUGGAAAGGUUGAGUUGGCUCAAUCCCUCACAAGAGACAGUAUACUGUACAAAUAUGUAAUUCGUGACAAUGAAGGAAAUGAAAGAUGGGAAGAUGUGAAAAGGAAACACACGCUGAAUAGGUCAUUCAAGAUGCCAGAGGACUACAAGAGUGAAGAUGUGUGGCACCAGUAUGAUGGUGUUGCUUAUGCCAAACAAGAAAUAGGAAUGUUCGGAAGAGUGAUGUCCUACAUACAGGGAAAAAGUGAUAUGGAUAAUCUGUACCAGGCAGGAGUAAAAAGGUCGUUUGAUGCUUUCUCGGUGAAAAUUGAUGAGUUGGUGUCUGUGGAUUCCAGUGUCACGGACAUUCUGGACCAAAUUACUAGAGUAUAUUUCUGCCUAAAAUUGAUGUGUCUGGACCAAGACCUCUACCUUACAGAUGACAAAAGAUUUGGACAGCAUGUAAAGCAAUGGCUGGAAAGACUGUGGGAAUCAGUGGACCCAAGGCAAAAAACUUUAGAAUGGAGAGUUAACAUGGCAAUGAUUACAAUAUGGAUGGUUUUCAAGUACAUGCAGAAUACACCUUUAAGUGAAAGCUGCUCAAGAAAGGUCUGUGAGUGUCUCUUAAUGCACCCUGAUGUUGGAAGUCCUGAACAAAGCUGGACCAGAGAGUGGAGAAUCUUUCAACAUCACUUUCAAGGGGCUCGUGUACAAGGGGACAUUAAGAGUGGUGUUGCGGCGUUUUGCUGUAAAUGUGCUGCUGAUCCUAAAAAUCAUGAUUUAAAUUGGCUGUACCUGGUACCCUGGCUCCAUUUCUUGAACAAGGAUGCAGAACCUGGAAGAAUUUUAUCCCACAGUAAACACAACGACAGAAAUGGCAGUUGGUGGGGCAUCAAUCAUUUUCUUCAGCAGAAUGAGAAAUGCAAGGAGAAGUUGCUAAAGAAUGAAGACAUUGACAGUUCUCUUUGGCACAUCAUAGAACAACUUGUUCCACUGUUUGAGAUCGACAUGUUACUACCCAGAACUAUCACGGCCUUGACAAGUCCAAGACACCUGUCCAGAAUUGUGAAGAUGAACAUAUUUCCGACUGAUGCGUUGAUAGCUACAUUGUUCUACUAUGUCAAAAUCACUGUUUACAAUUACACAUCAGGCUAUUACUGGAAGUAUAUUGAAGUGUGGAAAGUGGAGUGUUUUGAGGCCCUUGUUGCACUCAAAGAUGUAAUUUCUGAAUUAACAUACAAGGAUACAGACAAAUUUGAUACAGAGAGAAACACUACUUUAAAGGCAAAGGCAAAGAGUGCAGCAGUGAUAAGCCUGGAUUUGUACAAACUGGUCAGAGGUGUAACCUUUGUGGAAAGUCAAGUAAUUACAACAGCAUGCUGCCUCGGGGUGUUGUAUCUGGACCGGUUAGCAGAGCUUCAUGAUGAAGAUCAAGAUGUGGACCUCAAAGCAAAACAUGAAAGGAAGACAUGGAUUGAUAGUAGUUUUAACAUCUAUCUACAUGGCAUCAUUUCAUAUUUGUCACAUUUGGACAUCUUUUCCCACAUGACUGCAGAGAAGUUAAAGGUGAGGGAUACUCUCCUGCAAGUGAAGUUCCAUUGUCACAGCCUGGAAGAAACAUGGCAAGAAGCCUUGAUCAGUCAUCUGAAGGAAAGCCUUCUACAGCCUUAUAAGCAAGACAUCCUUGACUAUUAUUGUGACUCGGAUACAGAGUUGAACUCCAUCCAUCAUGUCCUGGCUGAGUGUUUGAAUCAAGGAGCUUUCAUGCAAUUGGAAAAUCUACUCAAGAGUUGCACUUUUGGUUCCGGAUAUGGUAUGCAAAAGAGAGAUCCACACAGAUUUGGUACAUUGCUGUCCAAAGUUAUGGAGAAGUCCUGGCCAAAGAACAAAGAAAAUACAAAUGCUAUCCUGCAGCAUAUAUUAUGUUGGAACUCUUUUCCAUUCUUCCUGCAAUUCUAUGGCACAUCAGCUGGGGAAGUGCUCUAUGCUGAAUGCACUGAGAAGAUAGUGUGUGCUUUGUCUUUGUUGAAUGACUUGUGUAAAGCCAUUGUUGAUGGGACUUUGGAGGUUUGGAAAUUCAAUCUGAUCAGCUUGAAUCUUGACAGAUUGAAAGAAAUGUUACUGAUUAUAGCAAAAAAAGACAACUUGAUUCAAAAAGACUGCAGAGAAACCGGUUGUGUGUUGAAGCCUAGUUGUGUAGAAGAAGCUCUAACAUACCGCACAGCAGAAGUUCAAGCGUACGAAGAUCAGAGAAAAAAAAUUCAUGAGUUCCUUAGACUCUGUGAAAGAAUUCCCUGUGUGUCUACAGAUGGACUGAAGAGGAAAUGCCGAAUAGAAAUUGAUCAGUGUAAAUUUGUUGACAUUUGCAAUCCAAAGAGAGUCCACUCAGGAGGGUGUGAAAAGUACAAGCCUCAGAUUACCCUGUUUGAGGUUGCCCCAGGUUUGGAGACUGCUCUGGAGAAGAUGUCCCUACAGGAAAGUGAGGUGUUUGUUGAACUUUGGGACCACUACGGACAGGUUUCUGACAAAACUCUGAACAUUGAGGACACAAUUACAAGGGUUUUCCAGCCAGCAGAAGCUGAAUGGUUGAAGCUGCAAAAAAAGUUGCUUGAUGAAACCUUGAGCUUGAAAGAAGUAGAUAAACAUUUCAGUGUCGAAAAGUUUGAUGAAGAAAAGCUUGAGGAGGAAUUUGUUCGUUUUAAUCGCAAUCGUAAUGAUGAAAAAGUGAAGGAGUUCGUGAAGCAAGUGAAGCGUUAUCGGGAUCUGAAACUUCAUGUGGAGUCUGCAAAGACAAUUUUUGACUUGAAGAAAGCCUUGAAGUUGACAGACAAGUUCAAGGAGAUGGAUAUCAUUGUGUCCUCUGAAAUGAGAGAUAAUCAAAAAAGCUGCCUCAAAAGUAUGGAUAAGUCCAUAGAAAAAGUGACGGAAACAUUGAAAGGCUUGGACAAACGUCGCCAGAAGUGUCUGUUUAUGUUUACCAAAUGCAAGGCUUUGGUUGAGUGGCUGGGAAUGGAAAUUCACAGUCAAAAGGAACUGAAAGUCUUUGUAGACUUGGCAAGUAUUUCUGCAGGAGAGGGAGACAUGGAGAUCAAGAAGGUGUCUAUGCUGCAUGCUGCCACCACUGGUUACUCACCACUGCUUUUUGACCUUCCAAAGGACAUCAGCUGCAAGGAGUUCUUGAAGAGGUGUGAUGAAGUCUGGAAGGCCUUAGAUGCAGACCCAGACUUGCCCCAGAAGUUGGAGGAUUUGAACCGUCACCUGAAGUGGUUGGAAAUGGUGAAGGCAUCCCAUGGAUCAGUUGAGGUUUCCUCUUUGUCACAGGCCGAAGCCAUCAACAACAAAGGGAUUUACAAGAUUGGGAGUAUUCCCAAAUACAAAGGCCAACAAAAGAGUCUUGAUUCUACUAUUCAACUUAUUAUUCUUGAAAACAAGAAAUCAGAAACAGAACGACAAGAGUACAGUUACUCUCAGCUUCACGACUUACAGAGCAGACUGAUGCUUGUGGCAGGCCAGGCUGAGAAGGGGAAGGAGGAAGUCGUCCAUUUUACAGAGGUUUUGGAUUCUGUGACAAGGCUUGCCAAUGCUUACAUUAAACUUUGCCAUGUUGGCAAUGUGUUGUUUUACAAUCUGAGUAUUGUCGUGUACAACAGUACAAGGAAAGUUCUGGUGGAUUUUGAACAAGACAAGCUCCGUUUGAAUUGCACAUGUAAAGAUGUGAAUGAUGAAGCAAUGCGUCUAGCAAGGUUCUUGGAGAAUUGCUUGGAGGAUUGGCUGAAGUACUAUGGGGAUCAACGCUCCAAGUAUUUCUGUCUGAAUCAUUACACCAUUGAGCAGUUAGUGAUUCUCCAGGGAGAACUGGUGAAAGUGAACUGUCAGAAUAAUGUGACAAACACGAUCUUCCCAUUGCUGGAAUGUGUUAAGCCACACUGUAAUAAGAAGGAUCUCUUAAUUGCCAUGGAUAAUGCCCUGAAAAGGGUAAACAGCCUUGAGGAAGAAACAUGCCGACCCACUGACUACCUGGAAGACGUGAAAGCAGAGUUUGUGGCCACGAUAGAGAAAGGUGGAUACUCCAAGAAAGAUGCACUUCGAGCUCUGGAGGCCGGGGAAAAUCCAGCAGAUCCUGAAGCAGGGUUGAUGUGGUGCUUGGCAAAUUCAGGCCUUGAUUCUGAUAGUGAUGAGGACGGUGAUGGAUCUUCCCCAGAAGCUAAGAGACAUUUUGAGGGAUGGUCCCUCAAUAAGUCUUCACUAGAAACAGUUACAGAAGAGGCGCUGACUGGUGCGAUGGAGUUUUCAUGUUUUGGCAUACAAGUGCAAAUUUUGAAAAUGCUUGCUGAUGGAAUUCAAACAAUCUCAUUCUAUGACAUUAACAUCAGUAUUGUGGCGUACACCAAUUCAAUCAUUAAUUUAUUUUGGUUACAUGUAUCAAUAUUUAACCCUUUUCAUUGUGAUAGGAAAGACAGAAGCUUGUGUGAAAAACUGGAAGGUGUGUGGAACAAUUUCAAGGCGGCUGUGUCUGGAAGCCUGUCUAACUACAUGAGUGUUGAACAUCUUGGGAUAGUGCUGUCAGAAUUGGCUCAGCUAGCUCCUGAGGAAAUCCUGUGCAAAAGUCUUCCUGCAGGAUUUAAGACAGGUGAACCUAAUCUGAUCGUAUGUUCACAAGCUGACAUCCUUGGGGUGACCUUGUCAAUCUACACAUCAGGAGUAGAGGAGACAUCCCCCCUUCCCACAACCUCAGAGGUCCUCCUCUGUACAGGCACAACAACACUGGACCAGGUGGAUAUAUUCUGGAGAAGAGCAAUCUUUGACCCGUCUGGCAAGACAUAUUGUUUGGUUAAUGCAGACAAACUGGACUAUGAUGUCAGUGACAAAGCAGAACGUCAGCUGGAAGUUUACAUGGAGAACCCAUUGAAGACUAAGGACUACAGAAUGGUGGUGCUGUGCUCAUCAGAAAGAGAACAGAGAUCCCGGAUAGUGACAGCUCUGGAAAAGUACAAAAGACCUGUGUUUGCCACACAAGAAUCCCUGAGCAAGUGUAUUCAGGCUAGACUUACUAAUGGGGAUCUCCAUGCUGCUUCGUGUGUAGAUAUCUCACAUUGCACUGUGAGGGUUAUCAGGUCUUCACGAGCUGGAGUUGGCAAGACAUUGUACAAGAACCGCUUAGUGGAGAAACUUCAGCAGAACUUUCCUCAUGCAAGAAAACGUAAGGUAGUCCACAGCAUUCCACUCCAUGGCAAAUCCGUGGAUGCGUCCAGGGUGGUGGACAAACUUCUGGGUGACACCCCAGCACCAGGACAAGGCAUCCCAAGGAUCAUCCACUUUGAUGUGGCCUAUGAGGUGCAAGAAGGAGUGGAUUUCCUCCUCUUCAACUUGCUCAUUUUGGGCGCCAUACAAAAUUCCAAAGGUUUUAUGUGGCGGAAAACUGACUUGGAUCUGUAUCUGGUAGAAACUAUGCCUCUGAUGGUCAGAGAAUCUGAUCAACAGGCUGUCAGGUGUGCACACAGCACAUUGAACUUCUUACCUUCAAUCGAGUGCAGAUCCCCUCAGGAGAGCCUGGAAAUUCUGAUGGAGAAUGCUACAGGAUAUACUGGGAGUGACAGGCUUUUUGACGAGCAGGAAUUUAAAAGUGCCACAUUUCAAAGACCAUUCCAGUACCUGAGAAGAGUGGAUCAUGCAGACUUCCAGAGUGUGAACCCCAACACUACAGAAGGGAACCUGAUAGAGUGCCUGGAAGUCUUACUUAGACACUGUGGCAUCCCUGACCCCUCAUGGACAGAACUGCGCCACUUUGUGUGGUUCCUGAAUGUCCAGCUGAAGGACUGUGAGUCAUCUGUGUUCUGUGCAGCAGCUGCUGGGGAUUUGCCAGGAUUCCUUAAAUUUGUGGUCAGAUUCAUGGUCAAGGAUGACUUUGCUACAAGAUCACUGAAUCUUUCUGAAGAGACCCCAACCUUUUGUGAAGCUCCAGAUGAAGCUGAGGAUGAAGAGGAACUACUGGAGAGGUACCAGAUGCGCAGAACCUGGGAGAGCAGCCCACAUCCGUACAUCUUUUUCAACCCAGACCACAAUUCAAUGACUUUCCUAGGGUUUAACAUCGUAGGCCAAGCUGGGGAUAUGGUGGACCCACUGACUAAGGAGGUUUUGGAGGCAGCCAUUAUGCCAAAACAGCUACAACAAGCUCUAGUGAGAAACAGAGUACCGCUGACUGAACACUUUGACAGUCUCCCCAGAGAGCAGAAACUGAUAAAGUUGUGUCGUGUUAUGGGGAUUGAGGAGAUGUAUGAUCCAGAUCAUACGUACGAGCUUACCACAGACAACGUCAAGAAAAUGCUGGCCAUAUAUAUGAGGUUCAGGUGUGGCAUUCCAGUCAUUGUGAUGGGAGAGACAGGAUGUGGAAAAACCAGAUUGGUCAAAUUCCUCUGUUCUCUACAGAAACCACCUGAGCUUGAGACUGUCCCAAACAUGGUCCUGAUGAAGGUCCAUGGAGGUACAACUGGGGCAGACAUCAUCAGAAAGGUGAACCAAGCCGAGGAGAGGGCAAAAGAGAACUGUGAAAAGUAUGGCUCAAGCAUGUUUACUGUGCUGUUCUUUGAUGAAGCAAACACAACAGAAGCCAUUGGUUUGAUCAAAGAAAUCAUGUGUGAUGGCUGCAUGGAUGGAGAGCCCUUACACCUGACCUCUAACCUCAAGAUAGUGGCUGCCUGUAACCCCUAUCGCAAACAUUCAGAUGAGAUGAUAAGAAGACUGGAGCAGGCAGGCUUAGGCUACCAUGUUGAAGCAGAGAAAACUGUGGACAGACUCGGGUCUGUACCAAUGAGGAGACUAGUAUACAGAGUCCAGGCCUUACCUCAGAGCCUGUUGCCACUUGUCUGGGACUUUGGUCAGCUCGACACCAUCGUGGAAAAGAUGUACAUACACCAGAUGGUGCAGAAUUGCUUCAAGAAAGAGCUGUUUGAAGAUGAAUACACCACCCAGUCUCGCCAGUUUCCAGAACAGGUGACCACAAUCUUGGCAGAAUCACAGGAAUUCAUGAGAGGGCUGAAGAAUGAAUGCAGCUUUGUAAGUCUGCGUGAUGUGGAGCGUGCCCUGAAGGUGAUGUGUUGGUUCUAUGAACAAAGUCGAGUCACAGAUUUGUUUUACACAAUCCACAACAAGGUCAGAGACGACAUGUCAGAUGAAGACACUUCUGAAACAGAACAAGAAGAGGACAGCAUGCCAAUGACAGAAGUUAGUGAUCUGGAGGACUUGGUCAGAUCCUUUGUGCUUGCAAUUGGGACCUGUUACCAUGCCUGUUUAAGCAAUGAGUCAAGGGUUGAUUACAGAAAACAUAUUGUUAGGUUCUUCCAAGAGCUUGCCUAUUGUGGAUUUGAUGAGGAGACCCUACUGAAAGAGAUCACCAGCUGUCAAGAUGCCUUUUUGGAUGAGAUGAAGAUUGGAGACAACAUAGCCAAGAACCAGGCACUCAAAGAAAACGUUUUCAUGAUGGUGGUGGCUAUUGAACUUCGUCUGCCAUUGUUCCUGGUUGGCAAACCUGGCAGUUCCAAAUCUCUGGCCAAGGCCAUAGUGGCAGAUGCCAUGCAAGGAAGUGCUGCUCAUGGAGACCUGUUCAAGGAAUUUAAACAAGUACAGAUGGUGUCUUUCCAAUGUAGCCCACUUUCCACUGCUGAUGGGAUACUGGGGACUUUUCGUCAGUGCUCUCAGUUCCAGAAAGACAAGAACUUGAAACAGUUCGUCUCAGCAGUUGUCCUCGAUGAGAUUGGGCUGGCGGAAGACUCGCCUAAGAUGCCCUUGAAGACUCUCCAUCCAUUAUUGGAGGAUGGUUGUCAGGGCGAUGAGGAACCUGAACCUCACAAAAAGGUGGCAUUUAUCGGGAUAUCUAACUGGGCGCUGGACCCUGCCAAGAUGAACAGAGGUGUAUUUGUCCAGCGAGAGGUGCCAGAUGCUGAGGAACUGAUGGAGAGUGCAAAGGGUAUAUGCUCAACGGAUGAUCGCGUCAGCUCCAAGAUCAAACCAUUCGUCCCAGCCAUGUCAGAAGCUUAUCUUCACCUGUUUGAAGAAGCUACUCGACAGAGGAGAGAGUUCUUUGGUUUGAGAGACUUUUACAGCCUCCUGAAAAUGCUUUACGGAUUUGUUAGGAAGUCAAAACGAAAACCGUCAUGGUUCCAACUCCAACAUGCCAUCAAGAGAAACUUUGGGGGAUUAGCUGGCAUAGAUCCAGUGGUGUCCUUCAGAGAAAAGCUGGCAGAACUGAUUGAUGUCCAUGAUAAGCCUGGUCGAAAUGACCCAGACUGCUCAGCUGCUGGCCUGAUCAAAGCUUGUCUCCUGGAUGUCACCUCUGACAGUGAAAGCAGAUACCUGCUACUUCUGACGGAGAAUUAUGGAGCCCUGACCAUUCUGCAGCAGCAGAUACUGACCCAGACUUCUGCUGGCCGGGCACCCAUCACCAUUUUUGGCAGCAGCUUCCCCAAAGACCAGGAGUACACACAGAUUUGUAGGAACAUCAACAGAAUCAAGAUUUGUAUGGAGACAGGCAACACAGUGAUUCUGCUGAACCUGGAAAAUCUGUAUGAGAGUCUGUAUGAUGCCCUCAACCAGUACUAUGUGUACCUGGGAGGGGAGAGGUUUGUGGACCUGGGACUGGGAACACACAGAGUCAAGUGUCGUGUGCACAAGGACUUCAGGCUUGUGGUUGUCGCUGAAAAACAAGUUGUGUACGAGAAAUUCCCGAUCCCUCUGAUAAACCGAAUGGAGAAGCAUUUCCUGACUGUGGAGACGAUCCUGAAUGAUCAGCAGUUGGCCUUAGCUAGACAACUGCAAAAUUGGGCGGAGCACUUUGCCAGCUCACGUACCAUCCACACACAAAGAUCACCAGUGAAGAAGGCUGUGCCUGGUGAUGCUUUUGUUGGUUACCAUGCAGACACAGCUGCCUCCGUCAUUUUGCACGAGUGGACAAAGAUAUGCUCUGAGACAGAAAACGAUGAAGUGGUCGAUCUGGAGGAGCAGGUGUUAGAAUCUGCCAAACGAACCCUGUUGUGGUGUGCCAGUCCCGAUGCUGUAUGCAGACUGAAGGCAUCCAAACUGUCAUUAGAAGCAGAUGAUUGCACACAGAUAUAUUUUCAUGAACAGAAACAUGAAAGUUUGCAAGAGUACCUAGCCUGGAAGAUUGUCUGUGAAGGGGAGAUAUCAAGCCUGAUCCAGGUGACAAGCCAUUCAAAACUGCUAUCAGUAAGGGACACAUGGGACCUGAGCCGAGCACUUCAGAUGCCACGAGAUGAAAUCACCAUGCUGAGUCUGCAAAGCUUUGACACUGAACAGCAGUUCUGUAGGCAGCUAAGAAAGUUUCUGACGGGCAGUGAGCAGCAGAGACUGUUGAUCAUACAGUGUGACUCUGGGGAUGAGAAUGGGAGUCUGGUGGCUAGCGCUCGCUACAGCACCCUGGAUGAGAUUGCACAACACGCCAACGCCACCAGAGGAGAGUUCUGUAUUGUCCUUAUUGUGCAGCUGCCACGCAUAGCUGGAGGCUGCUUCUCAGGGUUCCAGAUAGGUAAAUGGCAAUCAGUGCACAUAGAUGAGCUUCGCCCUGUGGAAAAAAAUAUCCCAAACAUAGUGAAACUGUUUAAACGCAGUAUUGGAGAGUUGCUUCAGCAACCUGCCAAUCCUGGCAAUGUAACCGCACCACAGUUUGCAACUUUUCAACAAGAUCACUCAGUGCACAUGAAUCCACAACAGUCAGAAGCAGUGGAUGUGGAUGUCGUAGAAGAAGAGGGAAGCCAGAUGGACUGGGAGGGUGAGAAUGCUGGAGCGUUGGCCUCUCCAGCUGCAGGGAACCCUGUUCUGGACACCAGCAUGUUUGUUCACAAAUGUCUGCAGGCAGCAGCCUCCAUGAUUAAGGAUGAUGAUGACAACCACAACAGGACAACUGCACGAGUCCACCUCCUGUUUGAACUGUUGAAUGGCCCCACAGCAGGGGAGUUGAGGUUUACAGAAGUUAUAAACAAACGCCUCGUUGAACUGUUGAACAUCCGUGAACAACGCUUGACAUGUGUUGAUAUUUCACGCUCCUGGCUUUGCGAUGAAGCUGCUAGACCAGAUGUGAUCAGCAGGGCAGGAACAUUGAGACGCUCAUGGAUGCAGGUAAUUGAGAACAAAAUGACACCCCUUUUGGCUGGCAUCAUUGCCUUCAUGGACACUAACAACAACCUGGACCUGCUGAUGCCUGAUGGGGUGUCAGGUGAUGAAAUGUCUGCCUGGAAGAGACACCUGUGGUUGAUGCUUAUGAAUGACCCUGAAGCCACUCCGCUAGACUACCAGGAGCUUCUGUCUCCCAAGAGGAAAAUUGAGCUGAGAGAGAUCUACUCCAAACUGUUUGGGUUUGGGGUGACAAUACCGUCUCCCCAGUUGCCCUUUUCCUGGAUCCUCAUAAGCAAAGUCAGGAAUCUACUGAAAAGCAGUUCUGAAAUAAAAGACACUGACACCAUGGCACGACUCUUGGCUGACUCUGGCAUUGGAAGAGUGCUGAAUUCUGUAAUGGAGGCUGAACACAAGGAUGAACUGCUGAAAUGUUACCUGCAAGACUUUAUUUCCAUUAUCCACCCAACCUCCAGCCCCGUUGAACACAAGUUGAUAUGUCAGAGUGUACAUGCCAUUGUCAUCAGCCGUGACGAUGGCGAAGGGCUAAUCUCUUCGUUGGUUCAAGUGCACCAAGUCUAUGAUGAAUGUCAAGGUCACCUCCAGAACUUCUCCAGUCUGAGCAAGGUUUGGCAGGAUUGUGCAAAGUCGGUGGAACACUUCCUGGAGACAAACCCAGAUCAUUUUGUGCACAAGUCGUCAGAGAUCCUGAUUGACAUCCUUGCCACUGACCAUGUGCUUCAAAGCCUGCAACCAAGCAAAGAGGAAAUGGACACGGCCAAGGGGAAGAAAGUCUGGCUAGAAAAGGUGCUGUCUGUAAAGCCGGUGAUAGAGAGGGUGUGUCUCUCCCAGCAGGAAGGUACAGAUAGGGAGGAGAUGAGGAGGACACGAUGGGAGGCUCUGACAGAGACCAGGAAUACUUGGGACAGAAUUCAGGUUCUGAAACUCUUCAUUGAACAUGUUUGUCCUCCUGAUGCCAAGGGGGCAAAGAAGUUGAAAUUUGUACGCUGUAUGGCAUUGUGGGAGCUGAUCAAAGAUGAUGUGAAUUUCAAACAAUUGCCAAGUCUUGAGAAAGUGGAAAAAUUUUUGAAACAAAGCAACAAGGGUGCUUUCAGCCAUUUCUUUCGGAUGUCACAACGCUGUGAAAACUGCAAGGAAGAAAUGAAAGCAGUACCUAUGUUACUCCCGUGUGGACAUGUAGUUUGCGAGAUUUGCUUUCAUGGAUUUGCGGCGGCUGACAAGGAAUGCCCAGUUUGUCAUAAAAUCAUCCCAGAGGACUAUAAACCCAAAGAAGCGACAGAUAAUAGAAAAUCCCUGGAAGCUUUCUCAUCCUACCAACAACGCUGUAACAGUUUCUUCAUGGCUUUGGUGUCCCAGCUUUGUUUUGCCAAUGACUCCCCACCAGAUGGCCAGGUUGUCCAAAAACUGAUGGGGUUUGUCACAAAAAGACUUGAGUCAAAACAUCACAGAUAUUGGCUUCGUACAAAGACAAUGUCAGUGUUGGACAGUGGCAUAGAUCCUAACCCUGUUGUGAGAUCCUUUCUACUGCAGCUGCUCCUGAGAGCCAGUUCAGAAGUUGAUGUAAUUAAGCAUCUGAGGGACUUCUUUGAUCAGGCAAAGGACGUAUGUAGGGGGCUGGAGGAAAAUGAGGGCAACAUACACGACCUGGUGGAGAUGAGUCUGCUGGUCACACAGUGCUUUGAGGACUCAUAUCGUAACAAAAACUGUGCUCGUCAAAAUGAAGACGAGGAACAAGAAGUGCUGUGUGCUGCUCAACUUCUGAAGGAAGCCUGCAGACAGGGUGUAAAAGGUGGCCUAGACGUGGAUGCUCUGCAAAACAUUGCCAGGGUUCGCUAUGGCCUCACAGUGACAGCUAAAAGCCUUCACAGAGUCUUUGUGACUAAUGACAGCACCAUGAUAGCACAGACAGGCUCCUUUAGGAAACUUGUGGAGGGCGCAAGGCUUCUGUGUGAGGAUUGUAGAACAACUUGGCCAAGGGUUUUCCUGAUGAGAGAAAUUUGUCGGUCAUAUGGCUCGCACAGCUUUGAUGUGAUCAGGAAGAAAAAGUUGACAGACUGGUUAUUGCCCAAAGAGAACACCAAUCAACAAGGCAGCCCAGACCAUUACGUUGUAAUUGGGGAUGAGUACCGCAGACUGCGAGAGCUCCUGACUCAAGUCAGCCUGGGAGAAGACGUAAAGCAACUGAUGACCUUCUUACAGGCUGCUGGCAUCCAUGAGAACAUCGUGAAGACCCGGCUGAUGUUAGCGGUUCACCGAGAGAUAACAAUGACACGAUCAUUGCUAAGUGAAGACCCAGUGACCACCACAUCUCCAGAGAUCAAGAAAAAAAUUCAAGAUGUUUGUCUGGAUGCCGACAGUACUAAUACAGACCUGAUCAACAGGUUAUUUGACAACCAAGUUGGGGUAGACUGUCAUAGACUUGUGGCAGGCCCAGGACUGUCCAUGAGGGACCAGCACAUUGUGUGCCUUGUGUUCCACCUGAUGUGUGUGGUGAAGAACACGAACAACAGCGGUCUCCUGCAGCCACUAGUGGCCAUGGCACAAACCCCAAACAUCAUGAGUGGUUGUUAUUUGCCCACAAUGCCUGAGGAUCACUUAAGUGAGGUGCACGAGGCUCUAUUAGCUGCCAGGGGCACAAGUGUCACACAGGAAAACCCAGUCAUGUACAAAUGUCCACGAGGCCAUCCAUAUGUGAUUGGGGAUUGCGGACGACCGGCGGUGCAAGAUAUUUGUAGAGAACCAGGCUGUGGUUUACGGAUAGGAGGAGCUGGUUACAAUCUGGAACAAGGAAACACACAAGUAGGAACUUCAGACCAAGAUAUGACAAGGCCUGGCCAUGUUUUGGGAGCCCCGGAAUCACGGUACAGACAUCCUGUUCCAGAAAGGACACUUAACCCAGCCAGCUGUUCCAUCCUCCGUCUUCUCACCCAUGUGGCUUUGUACAUCGGUGCUAACCACCACCCACAAGACGUGGGUGGUCUGAUUCAGUCUGGGGUGAGGACCUGCCUUGAAGACUUCCUCUGGGGGCACAUGUCUGUAGAUUUUGAGGUCAUCCAGGCAGCUCUAGGGAAGGGAUUUGACGAUGUCCUUGUACUGCUUCACCAUCUACUGGACAGGAUACACAAUGAUACAUCACGUGUUGGUGGCACUCACUAUAACCUGAAGGAGAAGGCUGGAAGGUCAAAGUGGGAAGAACAGUUCAACAUGACCUAUGUGUCACCAGUUCUCUCUAGGUUGGAGGAUACUGUGGCUAUGCUGAAUCAGAAGUUGCUGGAUGAUGACAGGCUUGGUUCCAAUACCCUGAUGCGAGUACUGUAUGAGGCUGACACCCCAGAGGCGCGCACAGAUCUGGACAACCUGGUGGAAGUGCCUGCCUUCUGGAGAUACAGGUCCCACAUCUCCCUAGAGCAUCUAGAGCAGGUGUUUAACCAACAGGAGAACCAAGGCCCCAGUGCACGCACCAGUGAACAGUUUGCUCUUCUACAGCUCUUCCUACAACAGGAUCAUGUGCUGAGAGCAAUCCAAAACAUUCACAAUGACAUCAGUAAAGUUACCAUGUUUUGUCACAUUUGUGUAUCAGGAUCAUGUGCUAAGAGCGAUCCAGUACCAUCUGAACUCCCUAGACCACCAGAAACAUUCACAGUGACAUCAGUAAAGUUACCAUGUUUUGUCACGUUUGUGUACCAGGAUCAUGUGCUGAGAGCGAUCCAGUACCUGCCAAGCAUCCUGAAACUGCAGAGACUGCUGAUCCAGAAGUUCCAGCGUAGGAUUGAUGCCUCAGAGGCCAGCAGCAUGCAUCAUAUGCAGGUCUACCAAGAUCUGGAUGGUCACAGUCAGAGAGAGUACAAGAAACUGCUGCAUGAUGUGUCCCAGGCUUGGGACUGUGUCAGGGUAAACAUCCCAUCUCACGGCUAUCCAAGCCCAAAAGGGCGAGUGCAUGUGCCGCGGGAGUACUGUCAAGAAACAAUCAGCAGUAACUCCUGCCUGGCCAUGCUUCUUCCCAGCCUGAGGGGACAAGGGCUCUGUUCCUAUGCCCUCGUUCACUUUCUGCUUAUGAAACAAAACGAAUUUCUACAACAGUACUAUCGUAUCACGGGGAAGGAGAUGUCCAGUGUGGACACAGUGUGCUGUUACCUUGCCAGCUCUCUGACACCAGCCCAUCUGAUCAGCUACGACCCAGACAGAGACAUUCUGCCAAUCAUCCUUGCCAACUCAAACUACUCAUUUGAAGUCGGCAAAGGAACACAAGUGCAGUACGACUUCAUAAACUUUCAGCAUCAGCUAGACAGCCGUUUUUUCCAGGGAAAACCCCUCCUCAAAGUCGAACAGGUGGAAACAGUGAUAUUCCGCACAGAAGUUUCCAACGCCAGCAUUUUCAAGACUCUGCGAGAGAAAAUCAAACAGGUGUCACUGUGGCAGGGUGUGAAGGCACAGAUCUGCAAGGAGCUGCGCUCUGUCCCUGAUGUCUGCAGCGCUCUGGCUAACGUGGAUGUCAGUAUCAGCUUUCUGGUGUCUGCCCCACAGCACCCAGAGCUGAACCUGGAGGACUUCAUGGUGAAAACCCUCAAGAUGAAUGAGCCGCUCUACAGCCCACAGGCCAAGAAGCAUUGUCUGUUCCAGCAUGUCCAGGCAUUGUGGCUUCUGCUCUCUCUAGAGAAGAUGAGACGACUCACACAUAAUGGCCAGGAUGCAUUUGAAGGUCUGGAUGAAGUAUUCCUGACAGAAUUGACUCAAGAACAGGAGGAAUUACUAAAGAAGUACCUGAAGAAGCUAAAGGGCAACAAACUGGACCUGUUUAUUGAGCAGCUCCAUGAUUGUCUGGUUCUGAGGAUCGCUGUGUCACAAGACAGGACUGCUGAGGACUUCAUGGAGAUGGAGCAGAUGAGAUUGCGUGACAUGUUAAUGGGUCAUGUGGAAUCCUCUCUGUAUGAGGGCAUGGCUGCCACAGUCAUGACACAGCCUGAUCUCUACCUUCAAGACUUCCCAGAGGACAUCCUCUGUAAGCAGUCUGCGGCUGUCCUCCAUCAGGCCAUACGUCAGGAGAGAUCGUCCCCCUACCAGUGACAUGGAGAGCCAUAUGUCUGGUGUCAGUGCCAAGAACUACAAGUACUUCUUAAAGAAGUAUACAGUAAUUGUCCUAGAAGAGACUGUCCAAACUACAUGCACACAUGUAGUACAUCAAGAAAGCAUUAAAUGCUAUACAACUUAGAAAAAGAGGUUUUUCUUUCUCUUAUAUUAUGAAUACACAUGAAUAAUGUAACAAGAAGCUAGGAAAGGUGUUCUGUUCCGAAUAAGGAGCCAUUUAAAACAGUUUUGUCACAUUGACCAAGCCUUUGAAAGCAUAUGUACUGGGCAUGUGAUGCAUAAUAUUUGUGAACAUAUUCAUAGAGAAUGUCUUCAGUGAUCCUUUUUUGCAUGUCUGUUCCACUUUAAUGUACAUGUAUUAAAACAAUAUAUCCUUUGCAUUAAGAUUUGACCUUUGUUGUCGAAAAGUUAGACAGCUAUAUAUUUUAUAUCAGUUGUAGUUGAGCAAAGAAUAUAUAAACAAUACAACCCUAUAGGAAUGUACAUGUACAGUUAUAUCUAAAUACAACCUCAUAGGAAUGCACAUGUACAGUUAUGUCUUAAUACAAACCCAGAGGAAUGUACAUGUAGAAGGGGUUCCCUUCACCACUUUUUUGUUACUGUCUGAUGAUGGCCUCCAGAACCUCAUGCCAUGUACAUGUCUGUGGUACAAUGUAUUCUCGUCUAAGUGUUGAGUUUCUUUUUGACUGUUAAAAUGUGUGUCAUAUCCUCAUGUAGUAAGUGUAGCAAAAAGUGUCUAAGUAAUUACAAAACAUGCUUUGUUUGUUGUUGUUGUGUUGUAUCUUGUUCAUUUUAGCCAUAAUAUCCACAGCUUCCAGCAAUGCUUCACGUUAAUCAUGAGAAAAGUUUUACAGUGUCCGUUUGGCAGAUUUGUAUCAUCUGGGGUUUCGUUUUAAGGAUUAUGUACCAAGGAUUUCAACAUUGUGUUAUCCUGGGUGAAAUCUAUAAAGUUGUAAAGCCUUAUAUUAAUAAUAACAUAAAUAUGUAGCUAUAUAUAUAUUUGUUUCUUUUACUAACACAUAUAUGUACAUCAAGUAUUUAUAAUAAGAUUAAAGUUGAAAUACAUUUUGUCUUUACUAUUCUAAGAAUAGAUUUGUUCUUGUCUUUGUAUGAUCUUCGGAAUAUUUUUAUUGAUUUCACUGUGAAGAUAUAACAUGUAUGCUGCAGGUACACGUUUUCUGCAAAUUACAUGCAUGGUCUCACUUAAUAGUAACUGUUAGUUUGUUUGUGCUUAAUUUGUUUGUUACUAGUAUCUAAUUUGGUUACAUGUGCAUUCAAAAGAGUAAUAGGUGUUGUAAGCUAAAAAAUGCUAUCAUUAUUUUAUCAAGAUGGAUGAAGCUUUGGACAUGUUUUAUUCUUGCCCAAUAAAUUGCUGAUUUGCAAUUGUGAUAUCCUUUACAUUCAUUGUAGGUAUCAGAGAAAGGUGUUUUAUUAUGGAUUGCAGAUUUUGUAUACUUUUUGAGCCUAGUAUUGUUUUACAUGUAUCAGCGAAAUAGUUAUAAAUGUGUGCACUUGUUUUUCAAAAUAUCCCCUAUGCAUAAGUCUUGUGACUUUUUGUGACUCUGAAGUGCCUGAUUUUCUAUAUAUACUUGCAUAUGGAUACAUAUAUAUGGUGUGUAACACCUUCCAUGCCAUAUGGUAUCAGUAAUGCUUGUACUAAUUAAAUGCUUUCCUUUAUGUCAACAUCUGACUGAAUUCUUUUUAAACAGGACUUUGUGUUGUGUGUUCAUUGUAAGCUAUAUUUGACAUGACACAACGUAAACACCAGUGUGUAGUUGAUGAUUGUGAAAACUGAAAGAAUGAAGAAGGAAGGGUUUUCUGGCCAGCUCAACCCUGACAGUGGAUGCAAGGAUUUUGACAUUGGGAGACACAGGUUUAGUCUCAGUUUGAGUCAUGCAGAAAACUGGGCUGUGCCAAACAAUUGGUCAUGCUAAAACUGAAUUUAGCUGUUAAGCGAAACACUGGGCCCUGCUAGGACUGUCAGGUCAAACAGUUACAGAGGGUCAUGCCGAAAACUGGGUUAUACUUAAGGAUUGGUA